AAACACCACAUCAAAUAUGCACAUGUGGGUAUAUACACACACGCACACACAAAUUACCGUUCAACGGUCACACCUCAAAGGCUAUAUAAAGAGGGUUGCUUUGCUCUAUUCUCAGAACCAACUCAAGUCUUCUUCUUCAUCUUGAACUGUAACACAAAACAGAGGGCAAAUCAAAGCUUCAUUCUUUUCGAUCAAAUCAUCUUCUCCACUUCAAAAAACGUAGUUUUAAAUCACAAUUUCUCCAAAAGUUUUCAUUUUGUUUCUGCAUAACAAUGAAGAGGCUCAGAGGUUUCAAGAUCGGACACAGAUUCGUAAAGAUCUUCAAAUGGAUAAUCCGAAGUAGAAGAAUCCAAACCGGGAAGCGCCAAUGUCUGACCGGAAUCCUCAACCCGGUUAAAAAAAUCUGCUCAUUAGCACGGUGCCUCCGUCGUGGAGCUAAUAGGCUUUGCGGAGGAAAUAAACCGGGUCAGGCCCGGCUAGGUAAUGAACUGAAACCGACGGCUGUUCCCAAGGGACAUUUAGUGGUUCACGUGGGAGAGUCCGGCGACGAUACGCGGCGGGUGGUGGUUCCGGUGAUUUACUUUAACCAUCCUCUGUUCGGGCAGUUGCUGGAGCAGGCUGAGCGCGUUUACGGGUUUGAACAAUCGGGUCGGAUUACGAUACCUUGUCGGGUGUCGGAUUUUGAGAAGGUUCAGACGAGGAUCGCCGCAUGGGAUCGCUGCCGACAGAAGCGGACUUUCAAGAUUCUCUAAUUUUGACUUUAAUAAAUAAACAAAUAAAUAUUUAGCUGAUGAGAAAAAAAAAGGUGCAAAUGUCAAAUUGUCAAUUGCAGAGAUGUGAACUUCCAUCCACUUGAUGCGAAUAUCAUCAGUUAAUAACUUAAUAGGUUAUACAAACAUACCAAUACAUUUUAGUUUUAUGUUAUUCGAGUAUGUAUUUUGUAAUGAAAUUAAUAAUUCAUUUAAAUAUUGUAAUACAGAAAGUAGAAACUCUAUAUAUUCUUGAUUUCGUCUAGA